AGAAGAAAGGACGGCCAGCAUUCUGAAUACGGAUAGGAUAAAAAGCAAACGCGCUGUUUUGAAUGGGAGACAUCAACAACAAGAAGAUUAAAAAAAAAUAACAGUUUUGUUGAGUGCAUGAGCGACUUUAAUUUAAUGUUUACAUAGAUGUGUUAGAAAUAGCGAAUGGCGUCGACUUUACUGUCACCAAUGGUGGAUUAUUACAACGACGAAGAGGAGCUGGACAGCGUGGACGAGGACGAUGAGCGGAGUUUCAGAGGCAGAGACUCGGAAGAAGACACCGAAGACGCUAGCGAAACGGACCUGGCCAAGCACAACGAGGACGACUAUGUGGAACUCAAAGAACAGAUGUACCAAGACAAGCUGGCAUCGUUGAAAAGGCAGCUGCAACAACUCCAAGAAGGCACUCUGCAGGAGUAUCAGAAGAGGAUGAAGAAACUUGAUCAGCAGUAUAAAGAGAGACUCCGUAACGCAGAUCUCUUCCUCCAACUUGAGACGGAGCAGGUGGAGAGAAACUACAUCAAAGAGAAGAAAGCGGCGGUGAAGGAGUUCGACGACAAGAAAGUGGAGCUGAAGGAGAAUUUAAUCGCCGAGCUGGAGGAGAAGAAGAAGAUGAUCGAGAACGAGAAGUUAACCAUGGAGCUGACGGGAGAUUCCAUGGAGGUGAAGCCCAUCAUGACCCGUAAGCUGAGGAGGCGACCCAACGAUCCCGUCCCCAUUCCUGACAAACGCAGGAAACCUGCUCCAGCUCAGCUGAACUAUUUACUCACGGAAGAGCAGAUAAUGGAGGACCUGAGGACACUAAACAAGCUCAAGUCACCGAAAAGACCAGCUUCCCCGUCUUCUCCUGAACACCUCCCGACCACGCCCAUGGAAAGCCCCACUCAGCGCUACGAGGCUCGGAUAGAAGACGGAAAACUCUACUACGAUAAAAGAUGGUACCAUAAGAGUCAGGCCAUCUAUCUGGAGUCGAAGGACAACACCAAGAUCAGCUGCGUCAUCAGUUCUGUAGGAACCAGCGAGAUCUGGGUGAGGAAGACCAGCGACAGUACGAAGAUGAGGAUUUAUUUAGGUCAGCUCCAGCGUGGUGCCUUCCUCAUCAGACGCCGCUCAGCGGUUUAGACACGCCCUCUCUCCUCGUCCUCCGUGCACUCUUCUCGUCAUCCCGAGAAUUAAAAAAGAGAAAUAAAAAUUCACCCCUCUCUGUGCGUUAAGCCGGUGUGUUUGAAAGCCUUGAGCCUGUCUAUAAAAUUCCUCGACGCUUUAUUCUUCAUCCACAAUCAUGUUUCUGUCCAAAACACGUCCUCCUGACCGUGCGAAAGGCUCAUCAGAGGGAGAGGGAGGGGGGGGAGGGGGAAAAACACGUCUCAUAUUUUUAUCUAUUUUUCUUGUACAGUUUUUGAGAAAUUUUUAUUUUGUAUUUUUUUGGAAACAAGUCAUACGUUCAUAUGUACAUGAAUUUCCCAGAAUGCAUACGGUAAAGAAUAGAACAGGGAUUCAUUUACAUUAAUUGAUCGAUUACAGACGCGUAUCGGAGAAUACGACACGGAGCUGGUUUUCCACGCGGAUACAUCAAUUUACCCACGAGAGUUAUUUUUACACCCGGGUCAGCUUUGAUUGCGCCUUUAAUCCGAAUAAGUUUAGCAAAUCAAAUGUACGCAAUACUCCACAGCUGUUUGUGUUUUCUUUAGUUUCACGUUUGAGCGAGCGAUUAAAUAUAUAUGCCCCGCCCAGUUGUGUUUUUGUAAAUAUUAGCAUUCUUUCUAUCCUGCUUCCAGAUGACAUUGUUAAAGUACAUCUCAUUUUUAAAUAAAUGAAGACUUUUUCUUGAAUAAAAGUGGUUUGAAUUUAC